AGCAGUGAGGGAGGAAUCCAAAGACUCAAUGUAUGCAUCUUUCAGUCAUGCAACAGAAUCAGUAUUGUGGUUAUCCCCAGAUCUUCUGGACAAACAACAGUGGUCUUCCUAGCUCAGACUGUGCUCCUCAAAUGGUACUGUAUCAUUCCAGUGGAAUUGUGGCAGAUCAAGACAUUUGUUUACCAUUGCCUGUGACAGAGAGGAAAAGGCAUAGACAGAAUCACAGAGAUGGUACACGCCUUUGUUUCCUGGUGGUAUUUUUGCUGAUUCUACUUGCCAUCAUGGGGAUCGGGCUGGCAAUGUUUCAGAUCUUCCACCUGCAAAAGGAACUUCAAGAGUUUUCCAGCUCUGGCUGUGUCCCUCCAUCUCCUGAUAUGCUGAAAGGAGUUCUGAACAGAACAGCAGAAAAGAAAGUCAAGAGGAGUGCACAUUUAACAGGCAAAGCAAUUCAGCAAUCUCAUUCCCUGGAGUGGGAGACUACCCAUGGACAUGCCUUCAUCUCUGGGGUCCAAUACAAGAACAGGGGUCUAGUGAUUGAUGAACCUGGGCUCUACUUUAUUUACUCCAAAGUGUUCUUCCGAGGCCAGACCUGCACUUCCCAGCCACUUGACCACAUGGUUUUCAAGAGAAAUCCAUCUUAUCCUGACAACCAAGUCCUGAUGGAGAACAGAAAGAUGAACUAUUGUGUGACAAUGCACAUGUGGGGCAAAAGUAGCUAUUUGGGGGCCUUAUUCAAUCUUUCCAGGCAGGACAGUGUGUAUGUGAGUGUCUCUGAGCCCACACUGGUAAAUUCUGAAGAGUCAAAAACCUUUUUUGGCUUAUAUAUGCUUUAAAAAAACAGUUAGUAAGCACUUUCAUCAAGCUAUUCAUAGGGGUCUUCUGAGCAGCACAUGGAACAGCUGAACUGGAACUAUUAUGGACUUCCCAUUUGCAUGGAUUUAAAGAAAAUAUGAUUUUUUUUUCUCCUGCUGGAUUGCUUCAAGGCCAUAUACUGAUUGGCAAGACCAACAGGAAAUCUUCAACUCCAAAUAUUGUCCAAGACUGACAUAGGAAGUUUUGCAUGGAUUGUGCAGCUAAGUUGUAAAAUGAAAGAAUAUUUUUGUCAUUUGCACCCUGAAUCAGUUACAAUUCAGCAACUAUUCUUUUCUAAGGUUAUUUUUUAUGCUGCUUACUUUCUGAUACAUCAUUUUUGAUGUGAAAAUAUAUUGUAUUUAAUUUCUUGAGGGGAAAGAGAUUUUUUUGAUUUCCAGAUUCUUUGUGGACUCACAAUCCCAUUACUAAAUGCAACUUUAAAAGUUAUAAUUAUAUUCUUAAUAUUUGUGUCAGCUUUUAACCUUCCCUCUCCCCUACCUCUGACAGACAUUAACCUGGUGCUUUAAAAGAUUCUGUGCAUAAAGUUUGCAAAAGGUAACUAAUGGUAGUUUAAAAGAGCAAGACCUUUUAAAUCACCCUGUUUUCAGCCUACCUCCUUGGUGGAACAGCCACUCUACCAAGCUCCUAUGCACUUUCUUUUCUUCCCACAGCUCUCUCAGUUAGGGCUACAAUAUGUAGGUCUUUGGUUAUUUGGGUUUUCUCUCACAUAAAAUUGGAAUUCCAAUUUUACGUGGGAGAAAACCCGAAUAACCAAAGACCUACAUACAAACACCUGUGAAAACCUCAGAAAACCUACCUACCUACCUACCUACCUACCUACCUACACACACACACACACACACACACACACACACACACACAUAUAUAUACAUCUCUUUGCUGCCAUGUGGUGGUUAAUUAGAUCCUUGCAAUCCAGAUCUGAUAGCCUUACCUUCAAAGGCUAUUGAGUCAUAUCUUUGUCUUUGCUUCUAUUCCACCAAGGAGAAUUAAACAGGCAACUGCUUGCUCCCGUUUGUGUAUAUAGGAACUUAGGUCCAGAAAAUA